AUUAUAAUGAUGGAGAUAAACAAGCAACAUGCACAGAUUCAAAUGAAAAUAAUGAUACAAAUAGAGAUGGUAAUUGGGAUGAAGGAAGCGCAAAUUGUACAGCUAUCACGUGUCCUGUUUUAUUCACAAUAAUUUCAAAUUCGCAACAAUCAAACUGCACCAGCAUCAGUUUCAAUGAUACAUGCGAUAUUACUUGCUUGGAUGGAUAUUAUAACGAUGGAGAUAAACAAGCAACAUGCACAGAUUCAAAUAAAAAUAAUGAUACAAAUAGAGAUGGUAAUUGGCAUGAAGGAAGCGCAAAUUGUACAGCUAUCACGUGUCCUGUUUCAUUCACAAUAAUUUCAAAUUCGCAACAAUCAAACUGCACCAGCAUCAGUUUCAAUGAUACAUGCGAUAUUACUUGCUUGGAUGGAUAUUAUAACGAUGGAGAUAAACAAGCAACAUGCACAGAUUCAAAUGAAAAUAAUGAUACAAAUAGAGAUGGUAAUUGGGAUGAAGGAAGCGCAAAUUGUACAGCUAUCACGUGUCCUGUUUUAUUCACAAUAAUUUCAAAUUCGCAACAAUCAAACUGCACCAGCAAUAAUUUCAAUGAUACAUGCGAUAUUACUUGCUUGGAUGGAUAUUAUAAUGAUGGAGAUAAACAAGCAACGUGCACAGAUUCAAAUCAAAAUAAUGAUACAAAUAGAGAUGGUAAUUGGGAUAAAGGAAGCGCAAAUUGUACAGCUAUCACGUGUCCUGUUUCAUUCACAAUAAUUUCAAAUUCGCAACAAUCAAACUGCACCAGCAAUAGUUUCAAUGAUAAAUGCGAUAUUACUUGCUUGGAUGGAUAUUAUAAUGAUGGAGAUAAACAAGCAACAUGCACAGAUUCAAAUGAAAAUAAUGAUACAAAUAGAGAUGGUAAUUGGGAUGAAGGAAGCGCAAAUUGUACAGCUAUCACGUGUCCUGUUUCAUUCGCAAUAAUUUCAAAUUCGCAACAAUCAAACUGCACCAGCAUCAGUUUGAAUGAUAAAUGCGAUAUUACUUGCUUGGAUGGAUAUUAUAACAAUGGAGAUAAACACGCAACAUGCAUAGACACAAAUAAAAAUAAUGAUACAAAUAAAUAUGGUGAUUGGGAUAAAGGAAGCGCAAAUUGUACAGCUAUCACGUGUCAUGAUUCAUUCACAAUAAUUCCAAAUUCGCAACAAUCAAACUGCGCCAGCAAUAGUUUCAAUGAUAAAUGCGAUAUUACUUGCUGGGAAGGAUAUUAUAACGAUGGGGACAAACAAGCAACUUGCGUAGAUAUAAAUGAUGAUAAUGAUACAAACAGUGAUGGCGAAUGGUAUGAAGGAAGUGCAAAUUGUAAAGCUAUCACGUGUCAUGAUUCAUUCACAAUAAUUCCAAAUUCGCAACAAUCAAACUGCGCCAGCAAUAGUUUCAAUGAUAAAUGCGAUAUUACUUGCUGGGAAGGAUAUUAUAACGAUGGGGACAAACAAGCAACUUGCGUAGAUAUAAAUGAUGAUAAUGAUACAAACAGUGAUGGCGAAUGGUAUGAAGGAAGUGCAAAUUGUAAAGCAUAUAUGGUGUUGUCAACUAAUCAAACUACAUAUGUUGGCAUCAAGAACCAAAACAUUACAAUGUAUGUGCAAGUGAAGUCUCAGACAGAUGAUGUCAGCAUAGCAGUCAUUCUAGUAUCAUCGCCUCGAGGCGUUACCGAGUCAUUGGAUCAGCUUGAAUCAAAAGAAGGAAUCACCACUUAUGGGCUUACAAUCGAAAAUCUCACCACUGCUGACGCUGGGGAAUGGACAAUCCGAUCUCAGUCUUCUUCCGAUGAUGAGGAAUUGUAUCCCAAUAUUAAUCAAAACCUCACCCUUAACCUAAGAAUGGAAGUUAUUCCAGAAAAUUUGGUCCUCACACCAACUUCACCAUUCACAUAUAUACUGAAAUCGAGUAAUAACACGGUGGUUUGUGACGCUUUUGGAGUUCCCGAACCUGAUUUCGAGUGGACAGAUACAGAAGGAAGUUCUUUAACUCAUGGGAUAACAUCUGUCAAUGAAACUUUAUUUCUGAAAAACUCGUAUUUUUCCGACAAUGGCACCUACCGAUGUAAAGCUACUAAUGACGCAUCAGAGCGUAGUGGUGAUACUCCAACUAAAGAUAUCGAAAUAAGAAUUGAAGGAUCUCCUAUAAUAACCGGUGAAAAUCAAAACUUUGAUCCUAUUGAUAAUAUCACAUUAACAUGUUACAUGGAUGCAAAUCCGAUUCCAAGUGAUAUAUACUGGACGACGAAUAGCAGCAAGGAUUAUGCUGCUGGUGUAUUCUCUACUGCAUCGGAAACUGUGAACGAUAAUAGCGGAAAAUAUUACAAAUACGAAACAAGUUUAGCAUUAACUUCUCAGCUAUGCAUGGGGCAACAGCAAGUUGCAUGUCAAGCAAAUAACACAAUUGGUGGAAGUGAUGGAACACAGAUUUUUACCAUAAACAUAGGAAAUUACGAUUUGCACGGAGAAUAUUACUAUAUAUUUUUCGAUGAUCCUCUGGCAUAUGACAAAUCAGAAAAAAAAUGCCAAUCUUUGGAUGGGCAUCUAGUUUACGUCACCACUGAGGAUAUUCAGGAAUAUUUAAACACUAAGGCAGAUUACGACUACUACAUUGGUCUUAUGGAAGACGGUGGCGAGUGGAGAUGGGGAUCUGACGGCCCAUACUUGAAUGAAACCUACAGCAAUUUCACCGAUGGGGAUGAUCCAUCUGAAGGUGACUGUGUUAUUUCGACUACGGACGGAUGGAAUACAACCGCAUGCAACAAAGAUUACAAAUACAUAUGCCAGCUAAAAGCUUCAGGAAUUCCGAAAGAAGUUGCAGUAUCAAGGAACGAUUGUGACGGAAAGUACUUAGAUGUUAACUGGCAACCAUAUGACGAUGACUUCGCAACAACUCUUCAUCGGAUCGAAAUCACUAAUGUUAAUGGCACAUCGAUCGAUCCCAUAAUCUUCAACUGCAUUAGUCCGUGUGAUUACAAUUACAAGAAUUCAAGUUUAACUCCAGAUACGCAAUAUUUAAUUGAGAUAUAUGCAGGUGUUGAUAGAUGUAAAAUGUUUCUACCGUCUGCAUCUGUUUUACAAACAACAGGCAAAGGAACACCGAAACAAGUUUCUGACGCCAGCAUGGCACAAAAUUCACAAGAAAAUGUUUGCACUAUUACAUGGUCGUAUAACGAAACUUUGGCAUGGCAGAUUGACAAUUAUACCGUAACCAUUAAUACGCAACUCAAUGUUGAUACCGGGGAGAACGUUGAAAUCACCCCGAUGGUCAAAACCACAGAAGCCACGAACUUUGUUUUUGAAAUGGAACCAAACUCUAAGUACACUUCAAACAUAUUUGCCGUAUCGUGUGCUGGAAAAGGGGAAGCAUUUGAAGCAGAUCUGGAUUGUACUACUCCUGUUUCUGCUCCUGAAACCGUACCUAAAGCAACAUCACCGCAAAAACCAGAUUCUGAGUUUGACCCAGCAAGUGGAAUUGAAGUUACUGUCGCCGCAGUUGAUCAAAGAUAUGGUCCAGUAAGCUGUGUUUUUGUCGUUGUGACGGUUGAUGGUUCCAAACAAAACAGUGAAGACAAAAAAAUCGAUAGUAGUACAGCUUUCGAAGAAGCUAAUGAGGGAAAAAAUGGACAAUAUUUUGCCUACGUUACAUCGAAUGCGUCCGAAACUUUCACCAUCACUCUCGGCAAGGGGCGUGGUACUACCUCUUGCAAUCCGAUAAAUAAUGUUGCAAGAAAGAGAAGGGCGACUUAUAAGGAUGUGGCUGAGGUUGAAGCAACUAAUAAAAAUUUGGAUUAUAAAAAAUAUUAUCGUUAUUACGUGUUAACAACAACACCAUCUUCCGAAUCAGAGUUUCUGACACAAAUAAGUGAAUUGUCUCCGUCAUAUGUGACAAAGCCCUACCUUCUUUGGAUUAUUGGAGUGGUGAUACCUAUUCUCGUGAUCAUUGCUGCUGUUUUGGGUUUCUUGUAUUACAGGCGUCGUAAACAAAAUGAGAAAAAGAAUUCUGAAUUUGGUGUGCCGUUAUCUGAACUUUCCCCCAGAGAUGAGGAUUAUCCUGUUUACGAAAACGUAGAAGCACAAAUAGACGUCCAACCUCAUCCAAUCAAAGCAAGCGAUCUUGAAAAUGACUAUCAUUAUAAGCAUGCAGAUGACAAUAGACUUUUCCGAGAAGAAUACAAGACUAUAAAAGAACAGGCAAAAAAAUUGGAAAUGAGAUUUGCUCAUGCAAAAAGAAAAGAAAAAAAGAAUCAAUCGAUAUCCGAAAACGCGGUAGUCCAUCUCAAACAAACUGGAAACGGACCAACUUCAGAGUACAUAAAUGCAUCAUACAUCGACGGAUAUAAAAAACUUAAAAAAUUCAUCGCCACUCAAGGACCUAAACCAAACACCAUUAACGAUUUCUGGCGCAUGAUAUGGGAACAUAGAAUCGAGGCAAUUGUAAUGGUAACUAAUGUGGACGAAAAUGGAAGGAGAAAAUGUGAAAAGUACUGGCCUGAAGAAAUGGAAAAAGGCUCUUACGGAGAGUUCGACAUUGCAUGUACUGGCGACACAUCUGUAGGACAAAUAACUAGAAGAAAAUUCAAGAUUAUCAGUAGUUCACACCCUAAUCGAACGCAGGUAGUGGUACAAUACCAUUAUACAACCUGGCCUGAUCACGGAGUACCGCAAACUACAUCGGCUUUAUUCAAUCUAAGAAGAAUCGUUCGAACUGAAUUUGGUGAAUCCAAUUAUCCUAUAGUGGUGCACUGCAGCGCUGGAGUUGGAAGAACAGGUACGUUCAUCGCUCUCGAUAACUUGAUGGAAGAACUCGAAAGUACCGGUACUGUUGAUGUAUAUUCACAAGUUUGGAGAAUGAGACAACGAAGAACAGAAAUGGUUCAAACUGCUGAUCAGUAUGUCCUCGUUCAUAAAAUGUUGUUGGAAAACUAUCUACUGAAAGACACCGAUAUGGAUGUGUCGCAAGCUGAAGAAAAAUUAACUAUAAUCAGAUCGCCACAGAAUAAUGUACUUGAAAAUGAAUUCCGCCUGAUAUCCAGAGUGCCUCCUCUUGAUACGGAUAAAGAUGUCGGCCAUGGUCACUCAAAAGUGAAUCGAGAAAACAAUGUGAUUCCCUAUGAUCACAACAUUGCACCGAUACGAAUGCGACCUGAUGAAAAUUCCACUCCAUAUUUCAAUGCAACCAAGUUGCAGGGUUACGAACAAGAUGAAUGGUAUAUAUUGGCACAAGAUCCUCUACCCGGUAGAGAAGAAAUUUUUUGGAGAAUGGUACUUGAUAAUGAUGUUAAAUGCAUUGUGAUGAUACGUCAUGGUGACAGAUCUCAGAAACCAUGUGCUAAGUAUUGGCCCGAAAUUGUCGAACAUCAUGGAAGCAUUAUGUUGUCACCACAAGAAACAUUUGAAGAAAAGAAUUUGCUAACCAGAACCAUAUUUGUCAGGGAAACUAUUCUUCAGACAACGCGUUCAUCCUCGAUCACCCAGUUCGACUUUACCGGUUGGCCGCAAGGACCAUCACAAGAUGUCAAUACUAUUCUGGAUUUAAUAACGCGAUUACAGAGGCAAAAGCAGCAUAUGGAUGGUAGUUCAGGGCCGGUCUUGGUUCACUGCAGUGAUGGAUCCCAACGUACAGGCACAUUCUGCGCAAUAAUCUCGUUGUUGCAACGACUGAAGACGGAAAGUAGAGUAGAUGUCUUGCGCUCAGUAAAAGAUUUAAGAGACAUGAGGGCCUAUUUGGUUGGAGAUUUGACCGAAUAUCGUCUUUGUUACGACGCAGUUGAAGCAUACCUACGAUCAUUUGAUCUAUAUUCCAACUUCCGUUGAUUCUGAAACCAUGUUCAUCUUUGUCAUCAUUUCAUCAAUGCAUUUAACAUACUUUUUGUUUUCCUUAUGCUGCAUUUUGUUUUAUAUAUUUUGAUCAUCAUUUAGCUUUCUGGAAACAGUCAAUUCGUAAGUUUAAUUAUUUUAAUUUUGGCACAAAAAUCCAAUUACGUAUGAUUUUGAAAAAAAAAAAUUAAUGCCGAUCUACUGUUGCAAGCCAUAGUAGUUUGUAUUUCAUAUCCUUGUCAUCUCUAACUGUCUAUGGUUAAUUUGAAUAUGCUUGUAUUUAUGUGAUUAGUUGAAUAAACAAUACACCAAACAAAGGUAUCAAAUAAUAUCAUGCUUUGUCUUGUCAUAUGUAUUUCAGCUUUGCAAGUGUUUUUUUCUUUUCCCCUCACGUUUUCUCUGAUUCAUUUGCUUGCUCCUGGCACUGAUAUGAUCCAUUAAAUGAGAAUAAAACAGCUGAUUCGACAAUGUAAUAAGAAAUGAAUGUUAUAGCGGAUAUAAAAACGAUAAAAAUUUAACAAGUUUUGUUGAGCGCCACACAUUCUUCGUCGAAUUUACAUAUCCACAUCGUUUGCAUAGGUUUCUCUUUCUGACAAAUGGCGUCUCCGGACAUCAUCUCUUUUGCUGAUCUGGCUCAUCUACAAUAAAAAAUCUUCGAGCAACAAAAAAAAUAUAAUAUUACUUGAUCAUCAUUUUACUGAGUGCGAAUUAUAACAAAAUAUCUCCAUUAACGUGGAUAAGCAAAUGGAUGUAUGGUGAUAACAUAUAGCUAACCUACAUGUUCUGUAAUAUAUGCUUAGUCAGCUGCAAUUAUCCCAAAUGUUUUCAAGUCAAUUUUCGUACAUUUUUGUUGUGUGCCUCAUUAUAUUUUACUUAUCUAAUUCUUUUUUAUUGUGUAGAAAAUUUACAUAUUUGUGCAAUUUUUCAUGCAAUUUUGUGAAUCUUCAAUAUGC